AGAGAACUCAUUACUGCGCCUUCCAAACAAAUGGUGCGAUCCUGUGCUCAACUCACCUCCUCCUUAGCUUACCAUCUGGAUCUCAGUCUCACGCCGGCAGCUUCGCAUAUCCCCACUAUCCUUCGACGUCCCCGUUGUUGUCGCCAGGCUCUAUGACCAUGUCUCGGGCGGCGAUCUUGUGAACCUGCCCCUCCCAUCUUCCAAGUGCUAGCACGUCGAGGCCGUUCGAGCUCCCGUCACAAUGUCCAUCAGCGCCAGCAGGGCCUUUGCGAGGCCCGUGGCCACUCAGGGCCUCUCUCGCAGAUUGCCCUCACUGCGAAGCUUCCUGGGCACAUCGUGCGCCGCGCCCAUCACAGAGCCCGGUGACCUGGCCUCGGUGCCUGCGGCCGUGCCAGACCUGUCCGUGUCCCGGCCGCGCCGCGAGCGCCUGCGCACAGCCCGGCCGUUCUCAGACUUCCUCACGGACAACUACAACCGGCAGCACGACUACCUCCGCAUCUCGCUGACCGAGCGCUGCAACCUGCGAUGUGUCUACUGCAUGCCCGAGGAGGGCGUGCCCCUCUCGCCCCCCCGCGAGCUGCUCACCACCCCAGAGAUCGUGAUGCUCUCGUCCGUCUUCGUGUCCCAGGGCGUCAACAAGAUCCGCCUCACCGGCGGCGAGCCCACAGUCAGGCCUGACAUCCUGCCCCUGAUGCACCAGCUCGGCGCCCUCCGGUCUCGGGGCCUGCGCGAAUUGUGCUUGACCACCAACGGCAUUGCGCUCCACCGCAAGCUCGAGUCCAUGGUUGAGGCCGGCCUGACUGGAGUUAAUCUGAGCCUCGACACCCUGGACCCGUGGCAGUUCCAGAUCAUGACGCGGCGCAAGGGCUUCGACGCGGUCAUGAAGAGCAUCGACAGGGUCCACGAGCUGAACAAGCACGGCGCGGGCAUCCGGCUCAAGAUCAACUGCGUCGUGAUGCGUGGCGUCAAUGACCGCGAGAUCCUGCCGUUCAUCGAGAUGACCCGCGAGAACAACGUCGAGGUCCGAUUCAUCGAGUACAUGCCCUUUGACGGCAACAAGUGGAACAAGGGCAAGAUGUUCAGCUACGACGAGAUGCUCGAGCUGAUCCGCGCGGAGCAUCCCACAUUGCAAAAAGUCGUCGACCACAAGAACGACACGAGCAAGACGUGGAAGAUCCCGGGUUUUGAGGGCCGCAUAGGCUUCAUCACAAGCAUGACGCACAACUUCUGCGGGACAUGUAACCGCCUUCGGAUCACGACUGACGGCAACCUCAAGGUGUGCUUGUUUGGCAACGCCGAGGUGUCGCUGAGGGACAUUUUGAGGGAGUCGAAUGGUGGAGAGCCCAUCGACGAAAUCAUAUACGAGGCCAUGAAAGCGAGCGAGCGGGACAGGGCGCAGGGUCUCCUUGGCCAGCCUGUCCUGGACAAGCUGGCAUCCAGCGAAGCAAAGCUGCUUGAGACGAUUGGUCUCGCAGUGAAGCGGAAGAAGGAGAAGCAUGCGGGCAUCGGCGAGCUUGAGCACAUGAAGAACCGGCCCAUGAUCCUGAUAGAUCCCCAGUCUGUGCUGCCAGCAUGGCAUCGACAAUCACAAAGACAAUCAACACAAAGCCUUCAUAAUCACCAAGAGCCACUGACAAUAAACGCAUUCUCUCCAUCAUGGCUACCAAAGGGCCACAACUCCCGCUCAAUGGCCCUCCCUUUGAGCCACAUCAACAACUCCCGGUCCUCACAACGCCUCGCCCGCCUCUUUUCAACGACAAGGCCUUUACACAACGAGGACAGCAGCAGCAGCAGCAACAACAACAGUAGCAAUAAGCCCCGCGCAUCGUCGCCACCGGCCGGAGGGCCGAAGCUCACGCACGUCUCGGCCAGCGGCUCAGCACACAUGGUUUCGAUCGCCGACAAGCAGCCCACUCGGCGCGUCGCCAAGGCCCGGUGCCGCGUCGUCUUCACCAACGAGACGGCCACCCGGCUGAUCCGGGACAACCAGAACAAGAAGGGUGACGUGCUGGGCGUGGCCCGCGUGGCGGGGAUCAUGGCGUCCAAGCGCACGGCCGACCUGAUCCCGCUGUGCCACCCGAUCGCCAUCACAAAGGUCGCCGUGGAUCUUGUCGUCAACGACCACGGCGAGACCGAGGGCGAGGGCGAUGGCAGUGCUAGCAGCAGCAGCAACAACAUCUCCGAGAGCAGGUACGGGAGCAUCGACAUCCAAGCCACGGUCGGAUGCGAGGGCAAGACGGGCGUGGAGAUGGAGGCUCUCACUGCGGCGUCGGUGGCCGCGCUGACCGUGUACGACAUGUGCAAGGCCGUGGAUAAGGGGAUGCGGAUAGAGGGUCUCCGUGUCGUGCUUAAAGAAGGCGGCAAAAGCGGGGCUUGGGUUGAGGGUGAAGUCGGAGGACAACCCUCGCGAGUUGGCGAGGAAUGAAACUGGAUUAUUGCAUCAUAUACUCAGGCUGUAUGCUUGUGUAAGCACCAAGAAAUAAAAUCGGCUUUAGGAGAGUUUUGUCUUGACCAUGACUCGAGAAAUAUCGAGCUCCUGCAUGAUGAUGACACAUACAUACUUGACCAACCGGUUUACAAGUGCCGUAAGACAAUAGAGCGGCGAAUGCCUCCCCUUCGCCCAGCUGAGGGAUUCAUGUCGAGUUAUUCGUUU